UUCAUAUAUUGCUCCUUUUACUCAUAUGGUCUUUUUAUAAAACAUACAAAGUAAACCCAGGAAAUAUUCCUGAUAACUAUGAAUGGAAAGUUGAACCAAAUAUUGGAAGAAUAAAGGAAAGAGAAAAAACAGGUGAACUUCGUUAUUGUAUUCAUGAGAAAAAAUAUAAACCCGAUAGAUCACAUUAUUGCCGGGCAAUUGAAAAGAAUGUCUUAAAAAUGGACCAUUAUUGUCCAUGGGUAGCUAAUUGUGUUGGAUUUUAUAAUUAUAAAUUUUUUUUGUUAAGUUUAUUUUAUGCGAAUAUAUGUUGCUUAUAUGUUAAUAUAAACUGUUAUACGUCUUUCCCAAAUUUUUAUUCAAACCCAAAUAUACUAUUCAAUGAGGUGUUUUAUUUAUUCUUGGAAAUUGUCUUGGCAUCUGUCAUUUUAAU